AUGCCCUUGGUCCAAGACAACCAAUCGAUCCACCGGGCUUUCAUUGCCCUGGGUAGUAAUGUCGGAGACCGGGUGGAGAUGAUCGAGAAAGCGUGUCUCGAAUUGGACCAAGCCAAUAUCAAAGUCAAGAGGACUAGCUCGCUCUUCGAGACCACGCCCAUGUAUAUGCUUGAACAGGGCACAUUUAUUAACGGUGUAUGCGAAGUAGAAACAACUCUCGCGCCACUGGAUCUUCUGAAUACUCUCCAGUCAAUCGAGAUCGCGCUGGGCAGGAAGAAACUUAUCGAAAAAGGCCCACGGUCAAUUGACCUGGACAUUCUUCUGUAUGACCAGGAGGUCUUUUCGCACGAGCGUCUGAACAUUCCGCACAAUCUGAUGCUGGAGCGAGACUUUGUGCUUCGGCCUCUUUGCCAGUAUGUGGCGCAGCUAGGGAAAGAUGCACAAACAUACAAUACAUACCUGGCUGCUUUGCCCCCACCAGAGCCAACGCCCCUGUCGACAACACCGAUAUCACCGCAGUUCCCACCCCUGCACGCAACAGACCCCAAGCGCAGCACACACGUCAUGGCAAUUCUCAACCUGACGCCCGACUCCUUCUCCGAUGGCGGCGCGCACUCACCAAUAGACUUCACGCAGCUCAGCGCAACAGUACGCGACUUCAUCGCCGCCGGCGCCACGAUCAUUGACAUCGGCGGCGAAAGCUCUCGACCAGGCUCCACGCCUGUCGGCGCCGAUGAGGAACUCGCGCGCGUGAUCCCAGCGAUCCAACACAUCCGAACCUCAAUCCCAGAAGCCGCACACGUAGCCAUCAGCAUUGACACGUACCGCGCGCGCGUCGCCGAAGCCGCCUGCGCCGCCGGCGCAGACAUCAUCAACGACAUCUCCGCGGGGCUGCUCGAUCCAGACAUGCUCCCCACCAUGGCGCGCACGGGCAAAUCCGUGAUUCUCAUGCACAUGCGCGGCUCCCCGCAGACUAUGACUUCGCUCCACGACUACCCGGCCGGCGUCAUUCCCGAAGUCGGCGCCGAGCUCCGCGCUCGUCUGGCUGCCGCCGAGGACGCCGGCAUUCGCCGCUGGCGUAUUAUUCUCGACCCCGGACUGGGCUUUGCGAAGCAUCAGCCCCAGGAUCUGGAGAUCCUACGUGAUCUACCGCGGCUGCGCGCUGCCGAUGGUCUGGACGGCCUGCCGUGGUUGAUGGGUCCCAGUCGGAAGCGGUUUAUUGGCAAUCUGACUGGGGUCAAGACGCCGCGUGAGCGGGUUUGGGGUACCGCGGCGACGGUCACGGCGAGCGUUGCUGGCGGCGCGGAUAUCGUACGGGUGCAUGAUGUUCAUGAGAUGUGGCAGGUGGCCAAGGUUGCCGACGCCAUUUACCGCGUGGACUGA